GUUCCCCGAGGUCAGGACGAGCUGCUGUGUGCCGCUCUCUGGGGCACAGAGUGGGGUGAGGUCCCAGCAUAACUAAGCACUUCCCCUGUUUCUCCUACCCCAGUCUUCCCUAGGGUGGGGCAGAUAUUCUUUUCUCCUUAACCCAAGGGCUGCUGGUGUAGAGGACAGAAGACUCCACACCGAGGUGAUCCUGUGCUGUCACCUGUCACCAUUGUGAGUUCAGGUUGAUGGCCAGGUGACUGCAGACAGUGAAGACAGGUGAGGGUGGGAGUAGCAGGUCUGUAAUCCCAGCACUCUGGAGGCAGAGGCAGGAAGGGCUGAGUUUGAAGCCAGCCUGGGCUACAUCCUGAGACCAUCUCAAAAGAACAAAAAGGUCAGACAGGUCACACACAAUACCAGGUCACCUUCUCAUUCCCCACCCGACCCUGGCUGAGACAGUAGUGGCUCUCAGGUGGGAGAUGGGGCCAGGGUAGGAUGCUCUGUCCCUGUGAAGACAGGAAUAGGCCCCAUCUGAGGUUGACACUGGGAGGCUACCCUGACAGGAUGGAAACCGCGGGCUCAGAACCCAGACGUGUGUUGCAUGCAUGUACAUCUUGCAGGUCUUCCCACCAGGCUCCACCUUCCUGGUCUGUAUUGGUCCAUCACUGUGCCAGAACUGAAGAGGCCAUACUCACCUUUGUCAGCCGAGGUCUGUGAACUUUUCUCCUGGUCCCAUUCGACCUGUCUUAGUUAGGGUUAUUAAUUACUGUGAUAAAACACAAUGACCAAAGCAGCUUGAGGAAGAAAGCUUCACUGGCUUACACUUGAGUAUCAAUGUCCAUCGAAGGAAGUCAGGGCAGGAAGCUGGAGGCAGGAGCUGAUGCAGAGGCCAUGGAGGGUGCUGCUUACUGCCUUGCUCCCCAUGGCUUGCUUUCUUCUAGAACCCAGGACCGCCAGCCCAAGAUGGUACUAUCUAUCUACCCCGGGCUGGGCCUCCCCUUCAAUCACUAAUUUAGAAAAGCCCUACAGCCAGAUUCAUGGAGGCCUUGUGUCAACUGAAGCUUCCUUUCAAGUUGACAGAAAACUAAGGCCACACCACCCACCCUUUCCCCACUUGAACUGAGCUUUCUGCGCUGGGCAAAUGAGGACAUUGCUGGCUGCUCCUUUCCUGGGGUUUGGCUCCUGCCCUCGUGGCAAGCACUGAAAAUCACAGGCUAUGGGACCUGGAGCCCAGUUCAUCCCAAAUCUAUUUUAGACCUUUGCACCAUCUCUAGGGUACUCAUAGGGCCCAGCUAGUGCUCUAGCUAAGGCUGAGGGAGAUACAGAGACUAGGAGAGGAGGGGCAGCCCCAGGCGGAAGAGGUCGGGGCAGAGUCAGUCUGGCAGCCUCUGAUUGUGGCCCACACUCUACUCCCAGGGCCUCGCCCAAGGCAGCUGCAAUCACCAACCACAGCAUCCCUUGGGUUUGACAUGUUGAGCCAGGGCACAUGACCCCCCAAUUAGUCCUGGCAGCAUCCCCUGCCCCGCCUGCUCACACUGGGGGCACAGGCAGUGGAUAUAAGUGGUACUGGAGGCUGAAGGGCACAGAGCAGACAAGUUCCACACAGCAUCCUAGUGCAGAACUGGCAGGCACCAUGAGGACCCUCUCUCUGCUCACUCUGCUGGCCCUGGCUGCAUUCUGCCUCUCUGGCCCAGCAGAUGCAAAGCCCAGGGGCUCAGAGUCUGACAAAGCCUUCGUGUCCAAGCAGGAGGGCAGUAAGGUAGUGAACAGACUCCGGCGCGACGUGGGCCAUGGACUUGGAGCCCCAGCCCCCUACCCAGAUCCCUUGGAGCCCAAGAGGGAGAUAUGUGAGCUCAACCCCGAUUGCGAUGAACUAGCAGACCACAUCGGCUUCCAGGAUGCUUACAGCCGCUUCUACGGCACCACUGUUUAGGGCAGUCUCAACUUUGGCCACUCCGACCCUCCCUGUGUCCUUCUCUCUGCCCUGCAAGUGUGGGUGGCACAGCUGCUCCAAUAAAGUCCA